CCUCUCUCUCUCUCUCUCUCUCUCUCUCUCUGUGCUUGUGUGUGCGCAAAGCGCUUACCUAAACCUGGCGCCACAGCAGCCUUAUCACCAGGAAUAAUUCGAUUCCCUGAAUAAUCACGAGGUCUGGCUGUCUCAUAACAUCUAGGCCGGGGUUUCAAGGUCUCUUGCUCGUAAUCCCUUUUCGCUCCAAUCCUGUGCAAUCUUUUUUCCCCUUGUAAUUCCUCGAUUCCUCGAUGAGGAAGCUGCACGCGGAAUCGUCGUGGUGGAUCGGGCGGGUGGGGCUGGCGAGGGGGGACGGCCGGAAGAAGGGCGCGGCGGCCAAGGAGCUGGAGCGGGCCGCCGCCAUCGGGGUGCUGGCCUUCGAGGUGGCGAGCCUCAUGUCCAAGGCCGUCGCCCUCUGGCACUCCCUGGGCGACGAGCAGAUGCUCCGCCUGCGCGACGAGGUCCUGCAUCUGGAGGGCGUCCGGAAGCUCGUCUCUGAUGACGACGAUUUCCUUCUGGGUCUGGCGCUCGCCGAGAUUAUGGACUCCCUCGCCUCCCUGUCGCGCUCCGUUGCGAGGAUCGGCAAGCGCUGCGCCGACCCCGUGCUCCAGCGGUUCGAGCACCUGUUCGCGGAUCUGGUAAAGAACGGCGUCGAUCUGUACGAGAUCCGGUACUCCGUGAAGAAGAUGGAGCGCAAGGCUACGAAGAUGGAACGGUUGGUGGCCGCCAGCUCUGACCUGUACCAGGAGCUGGAGGUGCUGGGGGAGCUGGAGCAGGCGCUGAGGAGGAUGCAGGCGGGCGCCGACCCAGGCCAUCACGGCCGCCUUAUCGACUUCAAGCAGAAGGUCAUCAGGCAGAGACAGCAUGUGAAGUAUCUCCGGGAGGCCUCGCUGUGGAAUCGGACCUACGACUAUGCCGUCCGCCUGCUGGCGAGAUCCCUCUUCACCAUCGUCGGAAGGAUCGAGCACGCCUUCGGCUUCCAGCGGAAGGCAGCUGCUGACUCGACUGGCAGCGACCAGAAGGUGCCCAUGAGCCUCCUUUCUCGCAGCCAAUCCAUCGCCGGACUGACGCUCUCGUCGGUCCAUCCAUCCAGGGGUGACGGAAUUCACAGGCAGUCUCUAUCCCAUGGCGGCUUGACUCCCGUUGCAAAGCGCCAGAAUUCAAAAACCAGGUGGCCGAUCGCCAGCCGACCUUUCAGCGGGUGCAUGGUCGGUGGAGAUAAGUCCCCUGUCCUGCAGAGCUGCAUCCCCUUGGAUGGUGGUUUCCAAAGGUCAAGUGUGGCAGCAUCAAGGAUUGCCAGUGGAGCAGAAGGUGCGAAACCAGAGGCCCGCUUCCAAGGCAACAUUUUUAAUAUGAAUAUAUCUCUGUCUAUGUUCGAGUCUAGGCGGAAGCUACUGAAUGCUCCGGAAUCGACCCUUGGUGCAGCUGCUCUAGCUCUGCACUAUGCCAAUGUGAUAAUUGUGAUCGAGAAGCUUGUGGCUUCUCCCCGUUUAAUCGGCCCAGAUGCUAGAGAUGACCUGUACGAUAUGUUACCAACCAGUGUAAGAGCAGCCCUGAGGGCGAGGCUGAAGUCCUAUGCGAAGAAUCUGGCUUCCUCGGUUUAUGAUCCAGUUCUAGCAGCAGAGUGGAGUGAGGCGUUGACGCGGAUAUUGGACUGGCUCUCCCCACUUGCUCAUAACAUGAUAAGGUGGCAGUCCGAGCGCAAUUUUGAGCAGCAGCAUUUGGUUUCCAGCUCGAAUGUGCUCCUGCUACAGACUCUCUAUUUUGCAGAUCAGAAGAAGACACAAGCUGCAAUAACGGAGCUACUCAUCGGUCUGAACUAUUUAUGGAGAUAUGGAAGAGAAGUCAAUGCCAAGGCUAUACUGGAAUGUGUCAGCAGCAAAGACUUAGAUGAUUGUUUGGGCUCGAAGGGCUGAUAUAUAGCCUUUAGCCAUACCUGAUUGCUACCGAUGCUGUUUGUUGGAUUGGGGCAGAAUGCUGGUGACUAACUUGCAUUCCAAGAUUUGUUUCUGAGAUAUACUUCUGGAUUUUACAUGGUUCUAUCUUUUUUCCAUUUUCCAAGGUAAAAAUUGAUGAUAUCAACUAAUGGUUGCUGAAGUUGGCCCUUUUGGCAUGUAUCUGAUGCAACUGAGCAAUGUUUUUACCCCUUUUAAGAGGUGUAAAUUCAUAGCAAAAGUACUGAAACAUUUUGUAGAUCUGUUAAGAAUCAUAAAUAUAGUAUAAAAUGACUCUUUGAAAAGGUA